AUGUCUUCCGCCGGCAGCACCCUCACUCCAGUCUUCGAGAGUCUUCUGUUCGAGAGCUUCUACCGUGGUCAUGAGACAUGGAAGAGGCAGCUUGCGCCGAUCGCAUUCAUCUCAAAACACCAACGAAGUGAAACACUGCAUCCCAAGAAGCACUGCACAACUCCUCAAUCACCAGACGACAUCCGCUUCAAGGUCACCACGUCCUCCGCCAGCGGCUUCGACAAAUCCCCUCCCCUCGAACCCAACAACGCCGACCACACCAACCAAUGA